AUGUCCAUCAGCAGCUGCACCUUCGAGGACCGGUCGGUGGCUGUUCUGUGCUGCCGCUUCUGCCAGCAGGUGCUGAGCUCCCGGGGCAUGAAGGCCGUGCUGCUGGCGGACACCGACACCGACCUCUACUCCACCGACAUUCCGCCUACGGGCACUGUGGAUUUCAUCGGCAGCUGCUAUUUCACCAACAUCUGCAAAUGCAAACUGAAGAACAUUGCCUGUUUAAAGUGUGGUAACAUCGUUGGUUAUCAUGUGAUAUCUCCCUGCAAACCCUGCCUGCUCUCCUGUAACAACGGCCACUUCUGGAUGUUCCACAGCCAAGCAGUCUUUGGCAUCAACAGGCUAGACCCUUCUGGUGUGAAUGUAUUGCUGUGGGGCAACUUGCCAGACCUGGAGGAAAGCACAGAUGAAGAUAUGUCCUGCAUCUCUGAGGAGGAGUAUAUCAGAUAA